CCAGUACUUCAGUGCGUGCACAGCGGCCGGCCGGCGUGCACAGUCGCUGAUAACGGCACUGCGCUCUCCGGAGGCCGAGCACUCCUCGCGCGCCGGAGCACACCGCUCCUCCGCUCCGUCGCCGUCGCCCCGUGGUCGCUGUGCUGUGCUGUGCUUACUCUGUCGACGUGCGUCGUCGAGUAUCGUCGCCGGGUCGUCGUCGCGGCGCGCGUGCUCGUGUCCGCCGCGCGAGUUCAGCCAGUCCCGAGGACGGACGUACGCGCACGUACGUCGUGCUUGUGCACCGAACGGCGCCGGGCCCCAGGGCCCGGUCGCCCCGGUUUCGCACCCGAACCGACCCCGGGAAGCCACGCGGUCAUGGAGCUCGCGAGCUCGUCCCGGAGACGAACCGGCCGCGAUCUCUCCCGCACGGGCGUUACCCCUCGGCAGUCGGUCUCGCGUGGUGGUAGUCGUGGCGAGUCGUCGUCGCGCGACGAGAGGCAGUGGUGCCUCCUCGAAUCGACGAAGGUAUAUUUUCGCGAGAGAGGAAGCGAGAGAUGAAUUUCGAGCGCGAUGGGAAGGAUGGAAGGGCAACAGGAAAUUGCGAACAUUGUCGUUGACGGAGGGCGGGAGGAUGUCAUCGCGAGAUGGCAUCACGAGGCGGCGAAUUCAAGACCCCGAAUUAAAAAUCUAGAAUAUUUCCUCAGGGCGGUAGGCGAAAGAGAGAAAGACUCUCGCACGAAAACCACCAGGUUCAAUCGCGAUGACUUCUGAACUUCUCGACGAGCCCGCCUCGUCUUCCCGCCUUGCUCAUUUCUUGAUGAUUGUUCGCAAAUUGCGCUGUGAUCGUGUUUAUGCGGCACGCAGUUAUGGGAGUGGGAGUUAAUCGCGAAAGAGAGAAAGACGGAGAACGCGAGAGAGAAAACGAUUGUUAAUGGAACAAUCGCAAGGGAUUCCAUUUUGAUUGUCUCGUUGCGUGAUAAUUUCGCGCUGUACGGUAUACGAGAGAGACAGGGAGAAAGAGUGGCGGGAGAGAGAGAGGGAGAGACAAAAACAAACGGCACGUUCGCGAAAAUCACACUUCGUGAUGCCGCGCGCUCGCGCCGAGAAAGCGUCGCAUUUCCAUCAUUAUUGUCCCGUAAGACGAGAAAGAGGCUCCACACCGUGGAAGAGUCGGCGACAACAAAGGGAACGCGGAUGGACAGGUGCCCUUUGUGUGCGUGUUCUCUCUUUUAUUUCUGCCCGAUCACAGGACGGCCCGAGCCGGCGGUUCUCCUAUCUUAUCUUAGGACGGGAGAGGAUCGCGCAAAGCGUCGCCGUACCCUUCGCAAUAAUGUGCGGAAAACGCCGAUGACGAAGUCAGGGCGGGAGUAGUGUCGCCGCCUGUUAGAGUUAUGUUUUGCUCGCGUCGCGUUGGGCCCACACCGACAUAAUGAUCGCCCGAUCGCGAUUUACUCCGUUAUCGCGUGCUCAUAUUUGUAAUCCUCAGCUGACGCUUGCGAGCGAUCCCAUCGAUUUUCCCCCUGUGGCGGUCAUUAAUUAAGAUGCCGCGUGAUUACGCGUCAGUUCGUAACUUUGGCCGUUCCUCAAAGAUCUCUCGCGACGUCGUUUCAUUCUAUAAGGUUUAUUCUCAUCUACUUGUGAGGAUAUAAUAUUUCGCGACUUCAUAUACACGGAGAAGUUACAAUUUUUUUUCCUUUUUUUUCAUACAAAUUCUUUUCAAUUUCUAUUUCUUUUCACUAUGUUUUUGGUGAUCCAAGAAUAGACUGUCAUCAGUAUGAUCAGUCUUGCUAAGAAAUAUGGUAAAUUUCUUUAGAAACAUAAUGGCAGAUUUUACUAGGAACAUAGCAAGUGUUUCAAUUUUAUAUUUUACUGUUCCUGAAAUUUAAGUAGCACUUACGAAGCGAAAGGAUAGCGAAUUAUUGCAGAUGUCGAUCUAUUCCUUGGCUACAAAAUCCUACAGUAAUUUCUGUUACAAAAUUUUCUCCGUGUGCGAGUGUUCUUAACUUAUUUCUAACGAUGCGGCCACACUUAGGAAGAUCCAUUGGGAGCAGACAAAGAAGCAGACUGAUACGCGCGAAAAGUCAUUUUUCAUUUCUUUAUUUUCCAAAUCUCUCUAAGCGAAAUCUCACUCGAAAAAAAUGGAACCACCAUCGAGUUGAAGUGAUUUUUCAUUAAUGUAGAGCGGAUUCUCAGCGCUCUUAAUCGUCGAGUGAGUAUUUUCACUCGAAAUUGGAGUGAAUCUAAUGAUACUCCAGCGUCACAUGAAUAUAUUUUACUCUAAUUCGCUGAUACAGAAUCAGAAUCCACUCGAAGCUCGAAUGAAACGUUCAGUCCUGCUGAUUUCGAGUGGCAGUAUUUUCGCUAUCGCUUCAAGUAAAAAUACUGCCACUUUUCGCUCGCUUUGAAUGAGAAAUUCCACUUGGACAAAAUUAGAAGAGUACACUUGAUCUCUGUUUCUCCGCAUUUGAUGUCGCUUCUGGAGACAACGCGAGACCCUCGCGGUGUGCGUGCAAAGUGUCAGGAUUAAACGCAACACACACGUUCUACGGUCUCUCGGCUGAAGGCGACGAGAAAUCAUUUUGGCGCGUGUUACGAGCGGCGACGCGCGUCGCGCAACUUUGUUCGCGAGCAUUAACGCGAAAAGUUCUCGCCGGCGUGUUGCCUGAUUAAAAUUCAGCGCGACGUACACACAGUCGCCUCUCCACGUGAUAACGGACAGCCUCUCGCUAUUUGCAUCGGCGCAACGUAGCGCAAUUCCCUUCCCUCUCGUUCGCCAGCCGUCGAAUUUCUCGAGUCGCAUUCGCACGUGCAUCGAGAGGGGUUCCGUUGUCAUCUCUUGGACGUGUUUCUUCCGCGCUCAUUAAACAUCCAUUGUAGCAAUCGAUAUUCUCUCUCUCUUUUUCUCUCUCUCUCUCUCUCUCUCUCUCUUCUCUUUCUCUCCUCGUACUACACCGUCUCUUUUCUCGGAGAUCGUUUCGAGUCGAUUUUCAUCGAGCAAUUUUACGGUGCAUCUAUCGGGAGAGUCUUUGACAUGAAGAACUCCAAGGGAUGAAUGAUUCGCAGUUAUCGUAAUUUCGAUAUUCCUCGUACUAUUAUCGUAUUUAUUACGGCUCUUUGUGUCUCUCAGUUUGUGCUGUCCUCUCGUGUAUUCAGAUUCUACUCGGGAAUAACGAAUCGACGCCUCGUUCUCCUUCACUUUCUCCGUCGUGGAGCAAUCUUGCUUCGUUAUUUUCCCACUUGAAGUCUCUCGGCUUCAAGUUUGCUCCCUUCUCCAUUGUACGGACCGGAUAUUCCGUGUUACAAUUUUUCAUCGUGAACUUUUGUUCGCUCUUCUUGUACCACUUUGAAAACUCGUACGCGUCAAUCGGUCACCACUUCUACGUAAACUUACGUUAUAUAUCCCAAACUUGAGACUUGUUUAUGUUGCACACAUGCACGUCGCGCAUUCUGAAGUCAUGCAAGUGCUUCUUGAAGGGACUUUGAUCCCAAAGUGAGAAAUAUACUCGUACUCUACUACGCUCCCUCCCCCUUUCGCUCACUCUCUCGCUCUAUCUGUCGCUUCCUAUCCCGCUCGCGUUUUCCCGACCUCUCGGUCGAGCCUCAACGAUCCUCUUUCCACCGGCUCUGUCGUGCAGGUGACGCGCAGUGCCGGCAGUGCGCGGCCAGGUCGUUGAGAGUGCGGAUCUCCGUUGGAGGUAGAGUAAAACGCGGCCACAGGCGUCGGGCGGCCGGCCGCCGUCGCCGCCGCCGCCGCCGUCGCCGCCGCCGCCAGUCGCGCGAAGCGGCGACGCGAGUCGUCGUCGUGUGAGGGUGGUGUGCGAGAGAGUGCGUACGCGGUAGUGUGCGUCGGCGGGGACGCGAUGACGUGAGGAGAAAGCGCGAAAGGAAGAAGGAGAAAAGGUGGCGGAGAAAGCAGGCAAAGGAAGAGAAAGUGGAGGUGGUGGAAUAGUAGAAGACGAGGAAGAAGAGGAAGAAGAAGGAGGAAGAGAAGCAGGAACAAGUGCACGACGCGGCGAGAUCGUGAGCUGUGGAGGCUAGGUGGAAAGAAACAAAAGUGCACAGCGCAACGAGGCAGAGACGAAGGCGCGAAGCUGGCGGCCCAAACACGUGACAGCGGCUCCCGCGGGACUCGGACCCGCCGCCGACCCAAUGGAGACUCGCUCUCCAGCCGUGGCAGUGCCACGGGGAUGCAGUGCGGCCUGUGCGCCGUCGUCGCCGGGCUGUUCCGUCGUGCCAUGUGCAUCGCGGGCAGCCGACGCGGCUCCGGCGAGUCUUGCUACCAAGAGCUGACCACGGAAGUGCAGGGUAGACGGCACUCGCAGACGCUGGUGGAGGAGCACGCGGAGACCGAGCUCGUCAAAGCGAGCGAGAGCGUUGCGGAGAGAGUGAGAGACGCCGACGUACAGACGCGCGAGAGGCGGACUGCCGAGAUAACAGUGGACAGCGAGGAGCAGAACGUGGUGUUCGUGCGUAUCUCCGAUAGCAGCUUAUUUCGUAACUCCGGCACAUCGGCGGCCACACUGCCGGCGGAGACCCGUGAUGGAUCCGCGACGGAAGCAGCAUUCAGGCGUUUAUCGGACGCGGAGCGAGUCCUGCUGGAGAGCCUGGACGUCGGUCGAUGCAGGCCCAGGCACACGGGUCGAUUCCUGACGAUGCACAAGAGACGGCGUAAGAGGCUUACCACGAGAUCCUUGAAUCAGGAGCCCGGUAUCCUGGACGACAUCUUCCACGGACUUGUGCAGUGCGUAUUACAAAGGGCCGGAAACUGGCGAUUUAAUGCUUUCACGCUGGAAACGGUCACGGGCGGUCGCUCGCUGCCGGUGCUGUGCGUCCAUCUCUUUCACUGGUACGGGCUGCUGCAGCACUUCAACCUGGAUGUCGUGACCGUGUGGAAGCUAUUCGCUUUUAUCGAGGAGGGUUAUCAUAGUACAAAUCCUUACCACAACAGUAUACACGCAACGGACGUCACUCAGGCGAUGCAUUGCUUCCUCCAAGAAAAGCAGAUUAAGACGCACCUAACCAAUCUAGAGAUUAUGGCUUCCUUGAUAGCGGCUGUAACGCACGACUUGGAUCAUCCGGGUGUCAAUCAACCGUUCCUGGUCGCGACGAGCAAUCAUCUGGCCGCGCUCUACCAGAACACAUCUGUCCUCGAGAAUCAUCAUUGGAGAUCAGCCAUAGGAUGCCUUCUGGAGAGCGGCGUCUCGGCGCAACUGCCGACCGACGUGAGACCGGAACUUCAGCGGCAUAUCAGCUCAUUGAUCUUGGCGACGGACAUUACGAGGCAGCAGGAAUUCCUCACGCGUUUCAGGGAUUACCUGAGCAACAAUUCACUCGAGAUGAGACGCGCGGAGGAUCGCCACUUCAUCCUGCAGAUCGCCCUCAAGUGCGCCGACAUCUCAAAUCCAUGCAGACCGUGGGAUAUAUCUAGGAAAUGGUCCUACAAGGUCUGCGAGGAGUUCUUCAGGCAGGGCGAUUACGAGCGCCGUCUGAAUCUCCCGGUGACGCCGUUGUGCGACCGACAUACCACCAGCAUCCCGAAGAUCCAGGCCGGCUUUUUCAAGCACGUCGUCACGCCGCUCUACGUGGAGUGGCACCGUUUCCUCGGCGACGGGCUGAGCGUUUCGUUGAUGGAGUACUUGAAGGCGAACCAAAAAAAGUGGGAAGCAUUAAUCACGCAAGAAGCGACCGAGGAGACGGAGACGGAGAUCUCCGAGCUGGACGAGCCCGAGGGAGUCGUUAGUUCGGGCGAGGAGACCGUUGCCGAUGAGGAUUCGGGCAGCAUCGACCUGCUAAUACCAGCAGCGUAUAUGCAAGCGUCGCGAAUGCCGACGUUACCGGGACGAGUCGGUCUCGAUCGCGUCGGCAGGCGUCACUCCGUGCCGUUGAGUGUGUCCAAACCAUUGAGCCUACCACCGCGUCAAACCUCCAGGAGAGAGAGUCUGCCGAGCGAGCAUGUAAAAUCGAAGAACACCCUGCUGAAGUUGGAAGACCAAGGUCUCUUAGGGCCAAGCUCGUUAUCCCUGUUGUCUUCUAAGAGUAGCGUGGGUGGGUCGUCCAACGUCAGCGCUACCGAGAGACCGGUAAGCGCGGAAAAUCUUUUACCGGAAACGAGUAUAGCCAGUAUUACCAGCAGUACCGAAGCCUCGAGACUGAGCACGGUUCUGCAGUCAGCGGACGGCCAGCCCAGCGUACAGACGAAGCAUCUCAUGCGACAGCAGACGUUCCCGCCGCUGCAGUCUUCGUACGCGAGAACGAGGUACAUGUCCACCACCGCGGAGAUGUCGCAAUGUUAUACUCAGGUCCUGAUGGAGGCCGACAGUUCGUCCGGCUGCUCGACCCCGACCAAAGAGAAAUCGUGCUCGAGCGGCCAGUGCUGCUCGCCAUCGUUGCCGCAUGACCGCGACACAUGCCAUCAAAAGCAAUCCAAUGUGCCGAGGCUCUCAAAGGAAUUAUUGGCGGUGGAUAUGCCCGCGAAGAGACGGGGCUCGACCUUGUCGGACACGAUGAAGCAGAAGUACGAUUUCGCGGCCAGCUCGGAGCAACGCCGCCAUUCCAUGCAAACCAUUCGCCCGGACGACUCCUUCUCCAAGUAUCGCCACCACAAAAGGCCUUCUUCUGCUCAAGACGCCGACUCCACGCGGAUGUUCUACGCCACGUUAACGGGCGGCGGUGGCGGUUCCUCCCACAGCGACAAGGACAGCCACGUGUCCGACACGUCCGAAUGUAAGACGGACUCGGGCUGCUGUAACGUCGAGCUCAAGUGUAGUCGCGGCGCGAAGUUGGUGGCGAUGCACGAGCCGCGGACUACGCUGUCGUCCAAGAGGUCGGACCAGUGUGCCUCGUCGGCUAAGAGCGCGUGUGCCGAACAAGAGCCACGAAGGUACUCGACCCCGGUCACAGAGUGUAGAACGAUCACGACUGACAGUGCAGGUAGACGAUUCACCGCGAUACCCGUGUCUUCUGAGCUUAGCACUCACAAAGUGUUCUUUAUCGGUAGUCCUCCUGACUCGCCGCCCCGUAAUCAUAGUGUGUCCUCGUCGAGUGACAGUGGUAGUGAGCCGAGAAGAAGUAUUGGCAGUGAUUCGAACAACGAGGCUGUCGCGGUCGGCAGCAAGAGAGAAUCGGAUUGCACAAAGGAGAAGAACUCGAAGAUAGCGAGGUUGAGCUCAGACGCGCAGAUGAAAGAGAACGUUGAUCCGCGUGCGUGUGACGACUCCACCAAAACGUUGUCCCGCAGAGGCAGUCAGGGAUGGGCGAGAAGACGCGGAUCAGCUCCGGUUGGCCUUCUAUCGAGAUUGGACGACUUUGCUCCAACUCCUGUUCCUGCCAAAGUCGAUCAUAGUUGUAGACGCGGAUCUGUACCGACUGAUAUCACUAAACAUCAAGGUGGAGGUUCCAAUCGGCUUGCUUUAGGACCUCGUGAAGAUAAUCUUUCGGCCCUAAGAAGAGCUAGUCUUCCGCAAGAGGCUGCGCUGGGAAAUCUUGUGGAGAAUGUUCUCGCUGUAGCUGGCGAGCGCGAGAAUUUUCCAAUGAACAACAACAAUAACAACAACACCACCGGUGGCAGCAACAACAACGGCAUUAGCAGACUGUUCGACAGCACCGUUUCCGGGAUGUUGUCUCCGAGACGGGGAUCGGUGCCAGCAGACAUAUCCGAGUUACGCCGCGAUCUUUUGUUCAGUAGAAAUAGCGUAAAUAACAAGCCGCGAAAUCGCAAGAAAAUCUUGAGGAGACGCAGCAGCGGGGGCCCGGAAAUGUUCACCGGCGUGUCCACCGACGGGAACGACAACGGCACGUGGCUCAAGUGGAAGAGAGAAGUGGGAAAGCGUGAGCCUGUUCCACCUGAGCCGCUUGUCAAGCGAAGAGGAUCCCUGCCCAUAGAAAUGGUGGCUGUUUCACAUGCUGGAUCAACAUCGGCACCACGUAGAUCUAGCCUGUGGCGACUUUAACGUGCUCUAGAAAUAUGUGGACCGUCCAUGCAGCGGUUAACGCCGAAUUGAGCCGCUACCACACGACGACAGUCUUUCCUCAAAUUGCCAGCAGUAACGUCAAAGUAGCAGCAGCAGCAGCGACGAUUGAUUACCGAAUUUCAAGAUUGCCAAUGAUGAAGACUUUCUCGUCGAUUGUGAACGUGAGCGAGUGAAUAUUGUAAUUACAUUUUCGAUAAUUUUGAAUGUUAGAAACGUUACGAAGAACGAUAAACCAAAUGUAGUGAUUUGCACUUUGAACCGCAAAAUCUUUUAACACAGUAAUGUCGACACAAUCGCGAAUACCGUUAUGUAUUCUUGCCUGUGCUAUAGACAAAUCGGAAUUAGUCGGCAGGUUUAGUUUUUUGGUUGUUUAUAUUAUCGGGACAGCGUCGCGAAUUUUACAUUGCGUGUAUCGGCAUAUUGUGCAUCGAGAUGUUAUACAUAGAUCGUAUAGUCAAUAUAAAUCCGAGUAAAGGAAUAUAUAAGCAUCGUAAUUCUAAAAAGUCUUCCUCGCGCAAUUCACGCAACCGCGCGGAAGAAGGGAGCCUCGCCUAAGUGAGGCGUUACAUCUAAUUGUGCCAUGUACACGAGCGUUGUUCGAAAUGUGACACACCGAUGGAACAAAUCCUGGUAUAGCAAUGGCUCAAGAUAAACUGGGUGACCGAGUUCACUGAGAAACAAAAAAAAAAAAACAAAGGAGGAAGAAAGAAAGAGGAGAGAGAAAUACAGUCAUACACAGGGUUCAAUAUGACGAUUUUUUAAAUAAUUAAAAUGCCUAGGAAUGGAGAAGGAAAAAAAGACUGGUAGAGAGGACACUCGCCGUUAUAGAUCUAGACGUUUAAAAAAAAGAGAGAGAGAAAAAGAGAGCGAGAAACGUAGAUCGAACAAAACGAAACGACAUUUGCUCAUAGAUAGGGAAAUUUCGAUUUAUCGAGAGACUCACAUGGCAGGAUAGCAUUAUUUGCAGGUCAUUGAUCAGCGAGAAUCGCGGUACAUGCCAUUCGUGUUGAAUAAGUUAGUCUUGGCAUAUGUUUCCCCCGUAAUUUAUAUUCUUGAACGCGUUUUGCAUUAAACGUGUAUAUAACGAGGGCCGAAUCGGCGAGUAUUGUUUGUAUUUUUUAAAUUUUAUUUUGGAGUAAUAAUACGAGAUAACAAAAGCUACCAUAUAGCUGGCUCUAGAAUGGAUAUAUACUCAAUUUGGAAAGUGGUUCUCCCCCUCGAUAUCUCAUCGGUUACGUUGAAACAUUUAAGCAUUCCAUGCGAAAAAAAAAGAUAGCAUACAAUGUGUAAGAUACGGGAACGAGUUAUAAUAAUAACAAUAAAAUAAUAAUAAUAAUAACAUUAAUAAUAAUAAUAAAAGAGUAUAUGAAGUGAAAUAUCGACGAGUUGCGUCUACUCGACCGUGACACUCGCAAGAUGAUACAGCUAUGCAAGUGCAUUAAAGUGUUUGCGCCUCGUUUGUACCCCGUUUGUAUCUCUCACGUCAUCAAGGAGGGCGGGGUCUAUUGAGGAGUCCGGAGUGUCCGCAUAACAGGGUGGUUCCGCUGGCUGUAGCGUGUAAUGUCAUCAGGAGCCUUUCCUGCAGUCUGUGCGUGAACAGACGACGAGGCUGCAGGAAAUGGAGCGUUUCUGUUCAGAGCAGCGAACAGAACCGCGGAGAGAGACUUUGUCUCACGGACGCAACAACGUUGAUAUCUGUUUCUCCUCUUCCUAAAGGAGGAGAAGAGACAAAUCCAGCAAGGAGAUGAUAUUUCUGCACGAACUCGGCGCGCUACAGUCGAGCCACUCUGUUAAGCUCGUGGUCAUUAUCAUUGGCGCACUCGGCGAUGUGCGAUCGACGCUGCCUUCCGCGCUUAACACCUCCAUCCACCGUUCGCGGAUGAAGCGGAGCUCAUUGAUAGGUUUGCGGUUGAUAAAGAUUCGCGGUGUUAAGAUGGAGUUCCGUCUUUGACAAGGCAGACGCGGAAGGCGACGUUUCUCGGAUCCGUGCGUCUGCAUACACAUAACAAUAAUAAAUAUAAUAGUAAUAAUAUUAAAAAUAAUAACGAUAAUAGCAACAAUAAAAUUGUAAUUAUUACUUUUAUCAUAUCACCGUUCACUGUCACGACGUCGUUCGACUCCAAUAAUUCAUAACUGUCAGCAUUGUCUCAUCGUCAUCGUUAUCAUCGAUUGUCGUCAACGUCAUCGUCAUUAUCAUUGUCAUUGUCGUUGCUGUUAUAGCUAUAUAACGAUGUUCAAGUAAAUGGACGUUUUACGAUUAGGCUAUAGCGAUAUGUGCGGUUCGUCUUGGAGUUGAUUAGUUAGCGAGGAAAAAAAAGCACGUUGUUUAAUUAAUAACAACUAUUAUUUAUUAUAUACCCGACGGUUGCGACGUAUAGGUUUAUGGUACGUGAACUGAAAAAUAAAUCAAAAGGUACAAGGUGCCGUGACGUAUAAUCUUUAACAAAAAGAAAAAAAAAGAGGAAGAUGAAGAUGAAGAAGUUGCGUUAUCGCGAACAUAUUUUCAAUACAGAUAUUAUUAAACUGCCCUUGCCGUACACAUACGACAGCCAAUGCGGAUUCGCGAGAUAUACCAUCCUUGUACGUUAUUAAAACUAUCGACCGAGGUAGAGGAAGUUUUGAUAACACCGCUAUUUUACAUUCGAAAAAAAAAAAAACGAAUCACGAGGAGCGGCGAACUCUGGACCUCAGUCGUUAAAGAACACAGUUGACGGUUUACUUCACGUACUGCUGUAAAACCUGUAGUCUCACAGACUGUCCGAAAGUAAAACAAAUAAUAUUAACUAAGUCAUAGAGAGAAACUCAAGAUGAAAAGUAUCGAUUAUAAGUUUUACGCUUAAUCAAAAAAAAUAAUCAUUGAUAUCUAUGUCAACAUUAUAGGUAGAUUGUCCAUUUUUAAGAGAGAAUAUCUGCGAACACUAGUGAUCUUCCUCUCACCGACUUUUCCAAACUCUUUCAAUUCAGCAGCUGCUAGUGCUUUAUAUGUAUUUCACCACUUUUCUGAAACUGAACUGACUUACUCGACGACGACCACGACCGCGACCACGACUACGACCACGACGACGAUGUUACGUCGCGUCACUUUAAAGUAACAUAAACGAUAUUUCCUACGGCUGCAACACACCCGAAACCAAUAAUUAACGUUUCUUAAAACGGUAUCUGUACGACACACGCCGGCGCGACAAUGAAACAUUGUACAAGUACGUUAAUAUUUAGGUUAGCGUGAAAUCUCCUAGUCUUUUUCGAGUCCAUUAAGAGAAUGCGUGUACAUAUAUAACGCGCGCGACGCGACGCGAUAAAUCGCGAUUAAUAGCGAAAAAAGCGUCUUAAUAGACGACAUACCACGGAAACAUUGGCGCGAAGAAUGAGUCGAGGAAGAGUUUACAUUGAGGACAAAUUUAUUUAAAUAACGAGACUUCUCUUAAGAAACUCUUUACCCUUACCAAGACAGACCAAUCAAAUGGGACUAAACGAGAAACUCUUUGUGAAAGCCGUAAUUGACUUAAGCUUGCCUGACGAAGUAAAUAUGAAUUCUCGGUACUUCUAUACACAUGACCAUACUGUCCAAUCACUUUUUGAAGAAUUUAUUGCACUUAUAGAUAUACAUGUUCCCUCUCAUCAUGCGACUUCUCUGUCCCAUCCACAUCACCACCAACACGAACCCCUUGCUCCACUAAGGCUUAAUCGAUGUUCUUUAACGAAAAAGGAAAAAAAACAUAAAAUCCCUUCGAACUUCUCCUCUGCCGAUCUCUAGAUACCGUGUAUUUGUAUCGUGACAUUUUCUAUCGUCACAUUCCCCGGUGGAAUGUAAGAGGAUUAAUUAACGAAAUGCAGUAAGAUCCAGGGAAUCGAGUUUGUCGUGAAACAGAGAUUUCAUUGUAUUGUAUCCGAUCCGAGUCGGUCGAUGGCGACCUCGGUGAGGCGCAUUGAAUUCGAUGUGAGUCUCGUCGCGGUGAGAACAGCGUUCCAUAUCGGUGUACAUGCGAUCACGUUAGGGAAUCUCGCUGUAAUUCGUUAAUGAUUAUCGUAUUGUUAAGUAUGCGUGACGAGUAUGCGAGUGUGUAAUAAGCGCGCGCGCGCGCGCGUGUGUGUGUGUGUGUGUAUAUGUGUGUGUGUGCACGUGUGGGCGGACAACGCCAGAUGUGAGCGUGUAUUUCUUCUUCGAGAACGAAAUCGGUAUAUCUUCCGCUGUAUAAUAUUUUUAGCGAGUGCAAGCACCGAGUAUGAAUUUUUCGCCUCUUGAUCCUCGUGUAGUUAACGAUCAUCAUUUGAUUAACGUGAACUUCCCUGUUAUCGUUUAUACACUUGGAGAUAUAUAUAUAUAUAUAUAUAUAUAUAUAUAUAUAUACACAUAUAUAUAUACACACAUAUAUAUGUGCGUGUUUUUCUGUCCGUGUAGGUGAGCUGUGGUGGAAUUAUCGCUAAGGUUUGCACUUUCGCGCGCGGCCAAGUUCCACGCGAGGCUGGGAACGUUGACUCUCUUUCGAUUUGAUUAUGCGACGAUUAAUUACGGAAGACGCUGCCCGUCGGUAUCUGCAAACUAGCGAGUGUAACGCGAUUCUUUUCGUAUCUUUAUAGAUAUGUCCGUUUGAUGGUGGCGUUUGUGCUAAUAACGUAUCGGUGAUAGUUCAAGAGGGAUAGUAAGACGAUGAACGAUACAAUUCCGACUCUCACCAUCGUCGUUCCGUACGAUAUCUCUCCGAUAUCUCGAGCAACCUCGUGUCACAGCGAGCACAGCUAAAAGAUGCGAAGAUACGACGCGUUACCGAUACUCUCUUUCCAACACGUGGACGACGCCGACCUCUCGCGUGGUUCCCGGUUAUAUGCUAUUACGUUCUCACGAGGGCCCACGAACGAGCACAAAAUUUCUCAGCGCAAAUCGCAGUAUUGGAUAUGUCAAUUAAACGAAUUAGCGCGCAGAAGAGAUAUGGGUCUGUUCGACGACAAGAAAGUUAUCGUGUAUUUUCUAUAACGUUGAUGGUAGAUAGCUCUAACUUUGCGCUAGAUGCGAUUAAACGAUGUGUUCUUAUCAUUAUUCGUAAUUCAACUGUAAUGUCGUUAACGAUAUAAUGACACGACGGAGAUGCGACGAAGAGGCUCGAGAUAAUACAAGUUACGACGGCAUGUGCGUGCGUGAAAUACGAGAGCGCGAUAGAAAGGUACGAGCGUGUCCUUCAGAUAGUUCGACCCGAUGUUCACGAUUGGCUGUAUGACAAAAGCUAUCGGCAUAUGUGUGUGGUGGCUCUAAAUGGCCUAUUAUAUUUAUUAGAGAAACGAUUACUACCGGUAGUACGUACGUUAAUAUCCGAAUUUUUCCAUAGUCCAUACACUUGAUUGUGCCGACUAUUUAUUUUGUGUGAGUAUACAUGUGAUUUUAUUAAUAUUAUACGAGAGAGAGAGAGAAUGUGAAAGAGAGAACAGGAGAAUAUAUCUGAGUAUGUGUGUGUGUAUGCAUGUGUGAGAGAGAAACUCACCUCCUGCCCCGCCCUCGUUAUAUUAUCAAGUUAGAGUCGAAUAAAAGCGAGACACGACGUGUAACGACUCGUUUUCUUUAUUAAAAAGAUCUAUAAAAGUCA